AAUGCCCCCUGACCAUGAGUGCCCAGCUGGAGUUCUGUGCCGAGAUUAUCAAAGCCUUGAAGAACGGUGGCGCCCACUUGGACUUCCGAACCCGCGAAGGGAUGACGGCUCUGCACAAGGCCGUCCGAUGUCGGAACCACACUGCCCUGCGGACGCUGCUCGACCUGGGUGCCUCUACGGACUACAAGGACAGCCGGGGCCUGACCCCCCUGUACCACAGUGUCAUGGUGGGCGGGGACCCCUACUGCUGCGAGCUCCUCCUGCACGACUACGCCAAGGUGGGCUGCAUCGACGAGAACGGCUGGCAAGAGAUCCACCAGGCCUGCCGCUAUGGACAUGUGCAGCACCUGGAGCACCUCCUGUUCUACGGGGCAGACAUGACCGCCCAGAACGCCUCGGGAAACACUGCCCUGCAUGUCUGCGCCCUCUACAACCAG